AAUUGUAUUUUUAAAAGUAUGAAUUUAUAAUCUAAUUAUUGCAGUCAUUAAAAUCCAUUGCAAUUGAAUCGUUAAAGAAUCGUUACAAGUUAUUAAAAGAAAAAUACGUGUUAAAUAUUUUCUGAUUGUUACAUUAACCAUGAAAUUGCUGGUGGGGCUUUUUUCUCUGCAAUUCGUACACAGAACAAUCAUAUUUUCAGCGCAAACAUUCGACAUGAAUUCAUAAUUUUUGACAAAGGUAAGAUGGAAAUCAUUUCAUGAAAUUUCCAUAAUCUGUUAAUUUAUUAACUUUUUCGCGUUCGAUACUGCGUUUACUUUAAGCAUUACCUAUGAAAACAGCAAUUGCUUUGGGUAAAUUGGUUCUGAUUUUAGUACAUUUUGUUUCUUUUAUAAAACCAUCAGAAAAUAAGUAUUUCUGUUAGUAAUAACUGAGAAAAAGAAUUUUUUUUCCUAUUCCCAAGAAAAUUCAAUCGGGAAAGAGUUAACUUGUCCCUGAAAGUGUUAAUUUAGCACUAUUGUGACUCUAAUGUGUAUUUUUGUAAGUCAUCGAAGGUAUCACAAUAUUCAUGUUGACUCUGUUUCAAUUUUUAUUAUACUACGUUGUAUGCAUUCUUCAUUCUCACUGAGAGCGAGAUCCUUUAAGUGACGUGAUUCUGUGGGACACAUGUGUUCUUUAUUGAUUCUUUACUAGCGUUCUGAAAGGCAAACUAUGAUAGAGAUAAUAGAGCACUAUAUCUAGGAGCAACACUGAGUACAGGAAACUGAUAAAAUAAUCGACGUAUACGGCAAUGACGACAAGCAAUACGUUGAAUGAAGUGAGAAACAUAUUAUAGUGUAUAACUCUGACGCGAAUGUUCCCACUUUCGUCGUAUCUUUCGAAAAUGAUAUAUAUGUUAUUGUGACACAAUUUGACUCAAUAUGUUAUUAUGAGUCAGUACUAAUUAUCAUCAUCUAAGUUAUGCAACAACUAUAGAAAUUAGACAAUGACCAAAAUAAUUUAUUUGCUGCUAAAUAUUCUAAUAAAAUUUCUAUUUGAAGAUAUUGUUAAUUUCGGUCAAGUAUUUUCAAUAAAACACGAAGUAAGAGGUAAAAUCAUUAAAUAGUACAUGAUGAACUAAUAUCACCUGAUCGUAUCGAUCAGUUUCAAUUAAGAUAAUGUUGUUACUUCUAUAUUCCCUGUAAGUCUUUAAUAUUAUGAAACCCUUUUCGUUAAUGGAUUGCACUAUUCUUUUGUUUUAGAUGCUCGAAUUAGAUCGCGUAGAAAUGAUUAAAUUUCAUUACUGUUCGACAAACCAUAGCAUACAUAGACUUCUUACAGUGACGGAUGUGCUUCUUCGUGUGACAGUACAAAGCACAGUGUCAAAGGUGAACUUAGCCUUCGUACAAAAAGUAAAGUUUGAUUUAUUUCAUGAGGACUAAAUCGUACGUAAAAAUUACUAAAAAUUACGUUGUCCUAAUUCAGGUGUUUAAAAUGUUUAAUCGACCGCAGAAACUUGAACAAAGAACAAAUCAAAAACUUAAAUCAUCGUCGUCAUAUUUCGGGAGUUACACAUCUUUAAUAAGUCCCAGUGCCGCCUUCAACCGUUUAAUGGGAUUUUUACCAUACAAACUCGAAUCAUCGAAAUUUGUAUAUUCGAAAUCAUACUUUGUUUUCUCUACAAUUUCCAUCAUUAUUUACUUGAUCUGCGUAAUUCUUUCUCUGUACCAAACCAACUUUUCUCCUAUGAGAUUUACAGAACUUGUACAUAAAUUGCAAUUUGCUCUGAUAUUUCUUUGUGGGCCUGUGAUUUUCAUCUCGGCUUAUACCAAAAAUCAAUCAAUGAUCCGAGUGAUCGAUGGCAUCUCGAACGUUUCUCGUAUACUGUCUUCAGAAACUUGCCAUAAAGUGGUUAAAAAGAUUCUUAUAAAAGAUAUCUUAAUUCUGUUACCACUAAUGUGCUGCAUUCCAUACAACUUAUUCUACGUACCUUAUAUUUUUUGUUACACUUAUUGGCAUACUUUCAUCGGUGCUAUAGCAUUAACUAGCUUGUACACGAACAACGUAUACGUGCUAAAUGCCUGUUUUAAAUACAUAAACGAUUCUUUAGUGCAAGUGAAGGAAAUUCUAGUCAAUGAUGAGCCUCAUCUACUCAGAAGAGUCUAUCAUAUGCAGAAGAAUCCUAUAUUGUUGACGAAGUUGAGGACUCUUAAAAAGCAACAUCUAGAGAUGAGUGAAGUCGUUGAGCUACUGAAUAACACGUGUAGCAUACAGAUCGAAACCAUAUUAACAAUAAUGUUCAUCUUCAUUAUAUUCACUAUGUACACUUAUUUAUCCAUGCAAAAAGAAAUGGGCGAGGUGAAAUUGCUGAUUUUUAUUCUUGGCCUCGCGAUUUAUUACAUCGCACAUGUAAUUAUCAUAGUUUCGAUCGUUGAAAUUACCAGGGUUCAAAUGCAGAAAACUGGCCGCAACAUUCAUCGAAUUCUUGUACAUACUUUCGACGAGCAGGUGACGACGGAGUUGGAGUUGUUCUCGUUGCAAGUGCUACAAAAGGGUAACACGUUCGUGAUGAAUGGACUCGUAAUAGAUGCAACCCUUUUGACAAAGGUAAUAAGAGAUUGGAUCAAAAGGAAUGAAGUAUUUUUAUCAACACUUGUUACAGAUGGCGUGCAGCAUUACCACCUUUUUGUUAAUAUUAGUGCAGUUCUUACUCGUCGAGUCUUGUUGAUGAGAAGCUUCAAUUAGUAAAAC